GCGUCUGGGAGAUGAAGUCCUGCCCGCGCGAGGGCGUCUGGGAGUCACCGUCGGCGUUGGGCCUAAGGACCGGCCCGGCAUGAGUGGCAAACGGCGAGCGGACCUCACCCCUCUGCGUCCUGAGGGGAAGAAGAAGGGGAAGAGGGAGGUGACGGGCGACUUCUCGGGGGCCGUCAGAGAGGAGCCAUUGCGAAGCCAGGUGGCGGAGGCCUGGAGGCGAAGAACACGCUUUCACCACGAUGCCAUUGUCAUGGACACAGAACCCUUUCACCACUGCGUGAUCCCGAACUUCAUCGACUGCCAGACCUUCUUGGAAGGGCUUCAGAAAGAGCUUUUGAACUUGGACUUCCAUGAGAAAUGCAAUGAUUUGUAUAAAUUCAAACAGUCAGAUGACCUGAAGAAAAGGAAGGAACCGCAUAUAUCUGCCUUAAGGAAAGUUCUGUUUGAAGAAUUCCGAAUGUGGCUUUCUGACAUUGCUAAUGUGGACUUGGAACCAACCGUUGACCUGUCCUGUGCUAAAUAUGAAUAUACAGAUGCCUUGCUGUGUCACGACGACGAGCUGGAAGGACGCCGAAUCGCCUUCAUUCUUUACCUGGUUCCGCCAUGGGACGAGAACCUAGGAGGCACCUUGGACUUGUACGAUACGGACGAACAUUUUCAGCCUCAGCAGAUUGUCAAGUCUCUUGUCCCUUCGUGGAACACGCUGGCUUUCUUUGAAGUGUCUCCAGUAUCUUUCCAUCAGGUGUCCGAAGUUUUGUCAGAAGGCAAGUGCCGUUUGUCUGUAAGCGGCUGGUUUCAUGGUCCUUCACUGGCAAGGCCCCCUCGCUACUUUGAGCCCCUCUUACCUCGGACCCCUCACAUCCCUCGAGAUCAUGAGAUUUUAUAUGACUGGAUCAGCCCUGCCUAUCUGGACAUUAGUUCCCAGGCUCAGAUUCAAGAGGAGUUUGAGGAGCGAUCAGAAAUCCUCCUGAAAGAUUUUUUCAAGGCUGAGAAAUUUGAAAAGGUCUGUGAAGCUUUGGAGAAAGGAGACUUGGAAUGGAUCAGCCAAGGUCCCCCAAACAAAAGAUUUUAUGAGAAAGCUGAAGAAGGGAGGCUUCCAGACAUCUUAAGGGAGUGUAUGGAGUUAUUUCGCUCUGAAGCACUGUUCUUGCUGCUCUCCAACUUCACGGGCCUGAAACUUCAUUUCCUGGCCCCUUCAGAUGAGGAGGAGGAGGAUGAAGAAAAAGAAAUCAUCAGCACAGGCAACAUUGAAGCUGGUCCCGGACACAGCUCCUUUAAACCAGAGUCCAGAGAAAGCAGUCCUGGAUCCAGUAGCGACACAACCCAAAACAAAGCUGAAUCGGCCACAGAGUCAGAGGACGAAGAACCAAAGAAUAGAUCCAGCGUUCCUACAUGCAAGGGCGAGUUGAGGUUCUGGAAGAACGGUCACUACACUUUAGUCCACGACACCAAGAAUACCGAGUUUGCUCUGGACCUCAUGCUUUACUGUGGCUGUGAAGGUUGGGAAGCAGAAUACGGCGGUUUCACCUCCUACAUCGCAAAAGGUGAAGAUGAAGAGUUGCUCACAGUGAAUCCAGAAAACAAUUCUUUGGCUUUGGUUUUCAGAGAUAAAGAGACUUUGAAAUUUGUCAAGUACAUUAACCACCGAAGCUUGGAGCGAAAGAAAACUAACCAGAGCAGAACAGGGUUCUGGGAUUUUUCUUUUGUGUACUAUGAAUAAAAAAACUUUACCAAAGA